AUGCCAAACCACGUGGGGAAAAGGAGGGCCGUGAAGGACGUGCGGCUGGAAGACCCGCGGGCCCGCCGCCUCGCCCCUCCGCCCCUCCCUUCCGCUUCCGGUCCGGCGGGCCCCCCCCCCAGCCCCGGUUGCCGUGGCAACGCCCGCCCCGCCCACGAGCCGGCCGAUGGACGACGACGAGGAGGAGGAGGAGGAGCGGGUGGCCAGCCGGCCGGGCUCCUACUACGCGGCGUCGGAGCGGCGGUGGGCGCCCGGCCUCCUCACCCGGACGCCGCGGUCGUCCUGGCGCUGGCCGGCCCGGCCGCCGUGCGCGGGGAGGCCUCGGCCCUCCUCUUCGCCUCCGUCACGGUCGCCGAGGCGGGCGGCGGGCCCAAGCACUGGUUCGGGUCCCCGCGGCCGGGCCGCGACGCCGUCCACGCCGUCGUCCGCCACUUCUGGAGCGAGCGGCCGGCGGGCGGGGAGGGCCCGGGGGGGUCCGGGGGGGGUGGCCGGCUGGCCGGCCUGCCGGCCGACCCCCGCCCGCGGCCGCGGUCGGCCGCCGACGUCCUCCGCCGGCAGGGAGAACAGCUGGACCGCGUGGCCGGAGGCCCGGACCGCAUCGAGGCCGACGUGGACGUGACUGACCGGAUCCUGACAGCGUUGGAGUCUCCGACCUGGUGGCCGUCGGGCCGGGGCGCCGGGUCCGGGACGCCGGGGGGCCGGCUCCUGCACCGCUACGCCCCGGGCCUGGCGGACGGGGUCCGCGUGCACUCUCCGUUCGAGGUGACCGUGCCGCGGCGCCGGGUCGGCCGGCCGGACGUCGCCCGCCGCCUGCUGUCCGCCCACAUGCCCGGCCUCCUGCCCCUCCUGCGGGCGCGCUUCGGCCGGGAGGCCGCCUUCCCGGAGGCCGCGGGGGAACGGCCGGGCCUCGCCGGGGAGCCCGUCCCGAGCCGGGCCGGCGGCCCGACGGAGGAGAUCCCGGGGGCCGGAGGAGGAGGGGGUCCGGGCCCGGGCGGCCGCGGCGACGGAGGGGGAGGCCCCCGGGAGCUGAGUGAGGGGGGCGAGGGGCCGGGGCCGACGGGGCCCGGACGCUUCCCCCCGCAGAUGCUGAGCGAGCUCAAGGGCCUGGCCCCGGAGGCGGAGACGGAACUGGAGCGGCAGGACGAGGUGGCGGCCGGCCUCACGGACAAGGUGGACCGGGCCACGCUCGCCCUGGACGGGCAGACCCGACGCAUCCGGGGGCUCACGUAG